GGACUGACUCUCAGCCAUGGAGGCAUCAGAUCAACUGAACUCGACUCAAGGGGAAGAUUCACCACUUGAAGUUAAAUCUUCCAACUGCUGCUCGACCGCAGCCGCCGUGAAUGAUGUGAACUCCUUGCAGCUGGACGACAGCACCAAGCUGGUGGGAGUCCAAGUGGUUCUCAUCCUCGCCUACAGCACCAUCAUCGUGUUCGGAGUCAUUGGAAACUCCUUGGUGAUUUACGUCGUCUACAAGUUCAGGAACCUUCGGACGGUGACCAAUUUCUUCAUCGUGAACUUGGCGGUGGCCGACCUGCUGGUCAACACGCUGUGCCUGCCCUUCACUCUCGUCAACACUCUGUACGGGGAGUGGAAGUUCGGCCACGUGCUGUGCUUCAUGCUGCCCUGCGCCCAAGAAAUGGCCGUGCACGUGUCCACCAUCACCCUGAACAUCAUCGCCCUGGACCGCCACAGGAGCAUCGUCUACCACACGGAGACCAAGAUGUCCAGAGACAUGUGCGCGCUGGUGAUUGUCAUGACUUGGACCGUCAGCGCCCUGCUGGCCAGUCCGCUCGCCAUCUUCAGGGAGUACGGUACGAUCUAUCUGUGGCCCAACGAGUCUAUUCAGGUGUGUAUGGAGGAGUGGCCAGAAAGCAGCAUGAACGGAACCAUCUACAGUAUAUCAAUGCUCCUGGGUCAAUACGGCCUCCCUCUGGCCAUUAACUCUGUGGCUUACAUCCGCAUCUGGAACAAACUGAAGAAUCACACUGCUAGCGGGGGCCGGAAUGACCGCCACCAGCGCAGGAAGAAGACCACCAAGAUGCUGCUGACCAUGGUGGCGGUCUUCGCCAUCAGCUGGCUGCCCUUCCAUGCGUUACAGCUGGCUGCCGACAUCGACAGCAAUGUGCUGUCCAUGAAGGACUUCAAGCUGCUGUUCACCGUGUUCCACAUCGUGGCCAUGUGCUCCACGUUCGUCAAUCCCAUCCUGUACGGGUGGAUGAACAACAAUUACAGGUCGGCCUUCUCGUCCGUGUGCUACUGGCCCUUCGCCUCCAGUCGCUCCAAACGCAGAGACGCACGGAAGCAGGACUUCAGGGUUUGCACUCAUCAAACCAACGUGUGA